AUGAAGAUAGACAUCACGUCGGCGACGGAGGAGCUGCACGCCCGGCUGGGCGCGGGCGGGCGGGGGGCGCCGCUGGCCGCGCACGCCGACCUCCUGGACGACGCAGAGCUGCUGCUCGACGACCGAGAGAUCGACGCAGACCUCACUGGCCCAGUAAACAUCAGUACGAAGGCCCGACUGGUAGCCCCCGGCCUGGUGGCGCCCGGAACUGUCUCCCUCACCUCCACAGAACUAUACUUCGAGGUAGACGAAGAAGAUCCUGAGUACAAGAAGAUAGAUACUGAGGUGUUGAAGUACUGCGAACAUCUGCACGGAAAAUGGUACUUCAGCGAGAUUCGCGCUAUCUUCUCGCGGCGGUACCUGCUGCAGAAUGUCGCUAUCGAAAUGUUCCUCGCCAGCAGAACGUCCAUAUUCUUCGCGUUCCCGGACCAGGCAACAGUGAAGAAAGUGAUCAAAGCACUGCCUCGAGUGGGUGUCGGCAUCAAGUACGGCAUCCCGCAGACCAGACGCGCCUCGAUGAUGUCCCCGCGGCAACUCAUGCGCAACUCGAACAUGACGCAGAAGUGGCAGCGCAGGGAGAUAUCCAAUUUCGAGUAUCUCAUGUUCCUCAACACCAUUGCCGGUCGGACGUACAACGAUUUGAACCAGUACCCGGUGUUCCCGUGGGUGCUGACCAACUACGAGAGCGAAGAGUUGGAUCUCAGUCAGCCGUCCAACUACAGAGACCUGUCUAAGCCAAUCGGUGCUCUGAAUCCGAGCAGACGAGCAUACUUCGAGGAGCGGUACAACACGUGGGAGCAUGAGUCCACUCCACCUUUCCACUACGGAACCCACUACUCGACGGCUGCGUUCGUGCUUAACUGGCUCGUCAGAAUUGAACCGAUGACGACAAUGUUCCUGGCGCUGCAAGGAGGCAAGUUCGAUCACCCAAACAGGCUGUUCUCAUCCAUCGCACUAUCGUGGAAGAAUUGCCAAAGAGACACUUCUGAUGUCAAGGAAUUGAUCCCGGAGUUAUUCUUCCUGCCGGAGAUGCUGGUGAACAGCUCGGGCUACCGGCUCGGUAUCCCCGAAUCGCCGUCCGGAGACGUCAUCCUUCCUCCCUGGGCCUCAUCCGCUGAGGAGUUCGUGAGGAUCAACAGGAUGGCACUCGAAUCGGAGUUCGUGAGCUGUCAGCUGCAUCAGUGGAUCGAUCUCAUAUUUGGAUAUAAACAAAGAGGGCCCGAAGCGGUGAGAGCAACAAACGUGUUCUACUACCUAACAUACGAGGGCGGAGUCCGAUUGGACCAGAUCACGGAGCCGGUUACUCGGGCGGCGGUGGAAGACCAGAUCCGCAGCUUCGGUCAGACGCCGGCGCAGCUGCUGAGCGAGCCGCACCCGCCGCGAGCCUCCACUAUGCACCUGGCGCCGCUCAUGUUCGCGGCCGCGCCUGAUGACGUCUGCCUCAGACUCAAGCUGCCUUCAAACGCGGCGGUUGUACACGUCUCCGCAAACACUUAUCCGCAGCUAGCCAUGCCCGCUGCAGUCACGGUGAGCGCGGCGCGCGCGUUCGCGGCGCACCGCUGGGUGGGCGGCGGGUGCGUGCACGCGGGCCGCGCCGCCGACCCCCACCACGGACACCUCCCGCACCUCGCGCACGCGCCGCCCGCGCACCCGCUCCUCAUGGACCCCGUCUGGGCGGCGGGCGGCGCGAUGGCGCUGGCGCGGCGUCAGCUGGGCGACAAUUUCUCACAGCGCGUGCGCGCGCGUACCAACUGCUUCGUCACCACCGUCGACUCCAGGUUCCUCAUCGCCGCCGGGUUCUGGGACAACAGCUUCAGGGUCUUCUCCACCGAAACUGCCAAGAUAGUACAAAUAAUAUUCGGCCACUACGGCGUGGUGACGUGCGUGUCUCGCUCCGAGUGCAACAUCACGUCGGACUGCUACAUCGCCUCGGGCUCCGAGGACUGCACCGUACUUCUGUGGCACUGGUCCGCUCGUCACGGCGGCAUCGUGGGCGAGGGCUCGGCGCCGGCGCCGCGCGUGUCUCUGACGGGACACGACGCGCCGCUCAACGCCGUGCUCGUCUCCGCAGAGCUCGGCCUCGUCGUCUCCAGCUCUAUCAACGGCCCGGUGCUGGUGCACACGACGUUCGGCGAGCUGGUGCGCGCGCUGCCGGCGGCGGAGGGCGCGGCGGGCCCGCGGCAGCUGGCGCUGUCCCGCGAGGGCGUGCUGGUGGCGGCGUACUGCCGCGGACACCUCGCCGCCUACACGCUCAACGGCCGCCGCCUGCGCCACGAGACGCACUCCGACCGCGUGCACUGCCUGGCGCUGUCCCGCUGCGGCGAGUACCUGCUGUGCGGCGGCGACGCGGGCGUCGUCGAGGUGUGGCGCGCCUUCACGCUGGCGCCGCUCUACGCCUUCCCGCCGGCCGGCGCGCCCGUCCGCUCGCUCGCGCUCUCGCACGACCAGAAGUUCCUGUUGGCCGGCCUCGAGAACGGCUCCCUGGUUGUGUUCCAUAUAGACUUCAAUCGGUGGCACCACGAGUACCAGCAGCGGUACUGAGGCGCCACACACUAGUUUUAUAUAUUAGUACAGCCCUACAUAUAUCAAUACGGAACCAGGAGUAGAGACGAUGCAAUAUCAACUUUAU